GCCCCCCGCUCGCGCGCCGGGGCCGGGCCCGGCGGCCCCCGCCUCCACGCUGCACCCCUUCUUCCCGCCCUGCACCAUGAACACCAACGUCUGCGUGGAGCCGGGCCCGGGCCCCGAGGCGCCGGGGCUGCCCAAGGAGAGCCACCUGCCCGAGGGCGCGCUGGGCAGCCUGGUGGAUUACAACUCGGAGAUGGAGCGCUACCGCUCCUUCGCCACGUCCUUCUACAAGAGCGGCGGCGGCGCCUUCCCGCAGGCGGCCAAGAUCGCGCGCAUCACCACCCCCAUCUUCCCGGGCAGCGCCGCGGCCGCCGCGGCCGCCGCGCGCAUCGGCAUGGCCCCCUGGAACUGCGACAACGCGGCCACGGCGGCCGCCACGGCCAUGCUCUGGGGCAGCGGCGGCGCGGCCGGGGGCGCGGCGGGCGCGGCGGGCGCGGCGGGCGGCGGCCGGAAACCCGCGGCGGCCGCCGGCUCCGCGUCCGCGUCCGCGGCGGCCGCGCUGCUGCCCGCGGGGGGCGCCGGGGGCGGUGCCGGCGGCGGCGGCGGCGCUGGCGGCGGCGCUGGCGGCGGCGGCGGCGGCGGCGGCGGCGGCGGCGGCGGCGGCGCGGGGGGCGGCGGCGGCGGCGGCGCGGGGGGCGGCGGCCGGGCCGGCCUGCACCACCGCAGCGACGCGCCGCGCCUGGCCAAGGCGGGCUGCGCGCCCGAGCCCGCGCUGCAGAUGGCCAACACCAACUUCCUGUCCACGCUGGCCCCCGAGCACUGCCGGCCGCUGGCCGGAGAGUGCAUGAACAAGCUCAAGUGCGGCGCGGCCGAGGCGGAGCUCAUGAACCUGCCCGAGCGCGUGGGCACCUUCUCGGCGCUGCCCGCGCUCGGCGGCCUCUCGCUGCCGCCCGGCGUCAUCGUCAUGACGGCGCUGCACUCGCCCGCCGCCGCCUCGGCCGCCGUCACCGACAGCGCCUUCCAGAUCGCCAACCUGGCGGACUGCCCGCAGGGCCACGCCGCGUCCUCGUCGUCCGCCUCGGCGGGGGGCGCGGGCGGCGCCAACCCCGCCAAGAAGAAGCGGAAACGCUGCGGGGUCUGCGUGCCCUGCAAGAGGCUCAUCAACUGCGGCGUCUGCAGCAGUUGCAGGAACCGCAAGACCGGACACCAGAUCUGCAAGUUUAGGAAGUGCGAGGAGCUCAAGAAAAAACCGGGCACUUCGCUAGAGAGAACACCUGUUCCCAGCGCCGAAGCAUUCCGGUGGUUCUUUUAAAGCUGAGAGUAGUAGAUCUUACUUGCAAGGCGUUUGGAAGUGAGAGGCACACUAAUGUCUUGUUUUAAGAAACUGCUUAGUUCACCACUGAAGAAAAUAUCCAGAUAUUAUUUUCAUUUUAUGUAUAGGGGUUUCUUCAAAAAAAUAAAAAUAAAAGGAGAGGAAAGGAAAAGAAAAGAAAAAAAGACGUAUAAAAUUCAUCUGGGAGCUUGGGGAACCGGCCAGCUGUUUCCUUUCGAUCCUCUGGUUCUUUCUUUGAUGUGAUUUAGCUAUCCUAGUGAAGUUGCUGUCUAUUUUGCAAGUGACUGUAAAAAAUAAGUUUGGGUAAACCCCUGCUGUAAAAUCCUGUAUCUUUGCAAAGUACAUAUCUAUACUUCAUCUUCAAAUAUAUGUGUUUCAGUACUGUAAACUGUACAGAUAGCGGCUUGUAUUUUCUGUGUUUAGACACAAGGAGACAAUCAUGUCUGAGCAUCUAUGGAGAUUAACAGUUUGUACACCACAGUGGUUCUGCGAGUUAAACCUGGAGCAAUAAAUAUUAGCUUUAACUCUUCUCGGCCAGCCGUUUCGGGCACUUUGGCCACGCAGCUUCCCCGGGACUCGGUGCCAAGGAGUAGGAGACUCCGAAACGAGCGCGUGUCCGGCCAUACCUUCUGUCGUAUGGUUCCAAGAGGGAAGAUGCCAUGAACGUUUCACUUGAUCUUUUGAGCACUGUAUUAGAGUAGUGGUCAUGCACUUGCAUUGCUUACAACGAGCUGUACAGAGGGUGUACCUCCCGAAUACUUAGUGUAGUUGACUUGUCUUGAGUUGCACUGUCAGGCGGAGUACGCGGGGUAGUGGGAAGAUGCAGAAUCCGUUGUAUAAAUUUUUUUUAAAGUGUUUUCUAGUAUACAGAAUAAAGUAUCCUAUUUUAGCAGGAGAAAGUCAUGCCUAACUUUUUUUUCCCCCAGCCCCUCAUGGGCUAUAUGUAAUUUUUUUUUAUGUUUUGUUUUGGUUUGUUUGGUUUUUUUGGUAGGAAAACAGCAACUUAAUAAAACAUUUCCAAGUGGUUUAGUUCCAUGUAUGAUGUUGAAUUGUUAAAUGGAUAGUUUUGUUUUAAAGCUUGACAACAUCGGAGCCUCCAGCACUGAGGUGAGGCUCGGUACCUUUUUAAGCGGAAGAUAAUUCUCCACAUCCGCGUGAGACUCCUCUGCUUCCAGAAGCCUCCAGGAUGGACUGUCCCAUCACGCCCAGGGCCCUUGCUGUCGCCCGGACGCCUCGUUCCCCAGGGCAGGCUGGUGGCGAGUACAAGGCCCCACGUGGUGCCCACAUGCGUCAGGCCUGUACUGGCCGUCACGUCGGAUCUGGGGCUCGGUUUGCUCAGGGCUGCCCGGCCCCUGAGGAUGUCCCAUCAGUACAGAGAUGGUCUGUGAUGACAUGGUACCCAAGAACGUACGUUGGCCAGAUUACAAACACUGUUCCCAGCUUCAGGAGCAAAACAGAAUUUAGCAGAAAUAGCUAGAGGGUCAGUCGCCACACGCCAUGGCAUUUGGUUCUGGAUCCAGUAGCCAGUUUCCUUAGCCUGUGGCAUCCGUUAGCCCGCUAGAAAGAUGUGAGCACACUGGCUCACGCAGAGGAAAACAACUCAGGAGAGGAGAGGAUGGCGAGAAGGACGGAGCAGUCUAGGAAGCCAGGCGCAGUCAGGGGGAAGCAUAGUGGCCGUUCUGAGUGGGGAGUGGUGGCAGAGGGGAUUGGUGUCCAGCAGGAAGCAGGAAGAUGGCCUUCACGUCGGGGAGGGGCGUGCUGGCGGGAGGGGUCCAGGUGCUGGCCAUAGCCAGGAAGAGAUAUGCCAGGCCCACAGUUAGGGCCGAGAGGCUUACAUCUGGCCGCUACGGGAGAGGAUGGAGUGACCACACACUGCGAUGCCCUGCACGUUAAUUUCAGAAUAGCUUUCUCCUGGAUGAAUAUUUCUUGGAGGGUUUCUAGUUAGAGUUUCUAUUUCUGCCCUGGGGCCAAUGAGAGCUAUGUGAGUUCUUUCUUAUUCCAUCUUCAUUUUGCUUAUUGUUGAAACCGGUUUGCUGAUUAUUCUCAGAAGGAGACAACUUACCUUUACCGUCAAGUGGGGCGCCGGCCUCGGUGUUUGGAGACCGAUGACAAGGGUGGAAGGAGUCCCAGUAAGGCCACGCUGAACGAACGGGGUGUCCCCAUGUCAGAGCAAUGAACUGAGGCGUCUAAGGCAAUUGCAUGUCUCGAUGUGUUUUGUAUGUUUGUUUCUUAAACAACUGAUGAAUCUGUAUACUGUAAAAUGUGGUGUUUUACAUGUCAGUUCAAUUUCUUAAUGAAAGAAAAUUCUGUUGAUUACCAAAAUGGGCAAGUGUAGCUUUUCUUUAAUUAUCUUAACUGUUUUUAUUCUCGCUGUUGUUCUUUUAUACCAUCCAUUUUUUUUUUUUUUAUGUUUUGGGUAAAACUAUUUCUGUCGUGUAGAAUGCACGUGAAGUUCUCAUGGCCGGCCCCGAGGCAGGAGGUUCUCUGCUCCCGUCCUCCGAGGGGCCCAAGACGCGUGAAGCCCCUCAUCGGAACCCAGCGGGAGGGCUAUGAAAGUUUACAUUUUUCAUGAAUCCAAAAUGCCAAUAAAAUGUGGCUUUCGUGCACAUUUCCUGUUCCGUCCAGGGCAGGUGGAGACGAGCGGGAUCCGAAUGUAGACCUCUGUGUGGGAGGGACGUGUGGGGGGCGUCCACGCACACGUCAUGUGCCAACUGUCUAGGGAGGCCGCUCGGGCUCAGCCUCACCCCGGGUGGACACAGUUCCAGGAGAGCAUGGACAGUAGGGGAGGGGAGGGGUCCCUCGAGUCAUGACCCACUUCCUGUCACUUCCUUGUCAGCUGCCGGUGGCACCCUGCAGACCAGGACAUCACGAUAGAGACCACUCUCCUCCCGACCCCCAGACCAAAGUGGGUUCCGGUGGGUUCACUUGUCUGGGUACAGGUGGAGGCCCCUUUGCAAGGUCACGCACAUCUGUCCUUGGAAAAGCAAACACCAAGAGUGACCCUGUCCCUGCCGCGCCCAGUCUGUGAGGAUAUGGAAGUGUCUCUGGCUGGCUUCCCCCCCCCCCCCCGCCCCUCUUCCUUCCUCCAAACCCCCCAGUAGGGAGCAUGGCGUGGGGGCACAGAGGAACCCGUCAAUCAGCCACUAGGAGGAAGGAACUUCCCCUUCCAGUCCCAACCCUGGCCUUUAAGUUGUCCAAUUAAUAUGAAAGCAGAGCGAGUCUCUCGCUGAUGGUAUCUGUAAUCAAAUAAUGGGAAAAGCAAGGCGGUUAAACGCACGCACGCUCGGAGGGUCAGGCGGCUGUGCAAGAGCCGGGGUGCGCCUUUGAUCUCGGUUAGAUUCACAGUGAUAUCAAACAGUCGGUGCCCGUGGAACAGCUAAACGUUUCCGAUUUUGUUUUUAUUAAAUUUGGCAGCUUCACACUGAGCUCUGUGUUCCUGGCGGGUCAAGGCGGCCGCGGUGUGAGGAGGGAUUCCACUUCCACGGCGCAGGGGCGUCCUCGCGCCUCGGGCGUGGGCUCCGGCCCUCCCAGGUCGCCGCCCAGCCACGCGCUCCCCACCCCACUCCCUGAUAGAACUUGUGUAAGGUGUAUGUAUGCUUGUGCAAUUAUAAAAAAAAAAAGCAGUUUUGGAAAACAGUGUAUUUAUUAAAGAAACUCACUUAUGGGGCAUGUACAAAAUUGUAAAAAAAAAAAAACCCUUAAAAAAAAUACUAAAAAAAACACACCCCACCUUCAAUUUGCCCAGUAAAGUUGUUUUUGUGAAAUUUCUGUGUUGUUGAAUAAAGGACUUUAGUAUUCAAAAUA